AUGCAAAAAGAAUUAGAAGUUGAAAAGCCUUCUUAUUAAUAAUUAAAUGAAGAUACCCAAAAAUAAAAUUGUCUUUUUUAUUAAUGUGAUCCAAUUACUUUGUAUAAUUAAGUAAUCUAUAAUAUAAUUGUUAUAGUUUAUAAGAUUAUAUAAUUAAGAAAUCAAUCAAGUAAAUGGAAUAAAAUUAGAAGAGAUGAAGCCUAGUAAAGUUGUGCAAUUUAUUCAUAACUAUUUACGCAAUUUAAUUGGUUCAUUAAUUUUUUUGAUUUACUUAUUGAUUCCAAUAUUAAACUUAGUUUUUUAUAUUUUGCUAUAACUUGCAUUUCUUAGAUUGAAUUAGAAUUAUUUGAUAUUUAGAAAUAAUAUAAGUAAAUUAUAUAUAAAUUAUAUAGAUUUGGUUUUAGAUCCUUUUGGCAAUAUGGUUGAAAAUUAAGAUAUAUGUGUGAUGAUGAAAAAGAAUUAUUUGAUUUUUAAACUUGAUUUAAAAGAAACAGAUGGACUUCAUUUUUCAAAAAGUGUUAAAGAAAUGAUUAGAAAUAGAUCUAGUGGUGUUGGUGACAAUAAAAUUGAAUUUACUAUUUAUAACUAAAAUUUGAAGUAAGAUUAUUAUGGAUUUCCAAAUUAUCGAUGCAGUUAUUUUGUAUGGAGUAUUAUUAGUUUCCUCAUAGUAGUUGGAUAAUUAAUUUUUAUUAUUAUCCUAUUAAAAACUAUAGAUAAUGAAUGA